AUGGACGACGCGACUCUGGUGUCUCUAUGGGUUCUCACCUGGUGUGCGGUCGGGUUAAUCUCGAUACGCUUGGUGAUGCGGAAAAUUCGUGGGAAAGCAUUUGUCUUGGGUGAUUAUCUGUCGCUCUGUGCGAUUCUCUGUGCAUUGAUCCGGCUGGCGCUCGUCCAUGUCAUUAUUAUCUGGGGCACAAAUAACAUGUCGCCUGGACUUCGAUAUUCGCACCACUUCACCCCGGAGGAGAUCUACCGUCGAGAAACCGCGAGCAAGUUCACCUUGGUUAAUCGAGUCUUCUACAACACAUAUCUCUGGCUUCAGAAGUUCAUCUUGCUCGACACGUACCGUCAUUUGCUUCGAAACCUCAGCUGGGAACGCAUAACCCUGGGCACAUAUGUCGUCAUAUUUGCGGCCACCUACGUGACAGUUCAGAUUGUGACCUUCACGGAAUGCGACCCUUUCGACCAUUACUGGAUUGUGCUGCCAGACCCUGGCGUCCUAAACAUCGUUACGGAUCUGAUGUUGAUCGUUUUGCCGGUCCCACUAUUGGUCAAGGUCAAAAGGCCUUUAAUGGAGAAACUACAACUCGCGGCCCUUUUCGCUGUUGGCUUUUUCAUCGUCGUGAUUACCGUCAUCCGUCUUCCUCAAAAUGCCCAACAUUCCACAGCGCAGGUGAACCGUACAACCUGGGCAUCUGUGGAGCUUUUUGCCGCGGCAAUUGUAGCUAAUGCCCCAGUUUUAUACGGGUUCUACCGUGGAGAGCGGGAAGCAUCUCGGUCAAGGACCACCGAAGGAACGACUCGGCAGCAGUCAUCCCUAGGACGCGGAGGAACGGUCUCACGAGACCCGGAGUUGGAGAUGCAGCCAAUUCCAGGAGGCCACCUCCGACAAACUUCCAUGCUCGGCUCUAAGCGUCGCUCACGACCCAUGAACGGCUAUACGGAACUCGAUGAGGGUAGUAGUGGCCAUCUGGUUAAAGAGACCAAGGAUGACGAGAUUUAA